GAGGUGACUGAGGGGAGAGGUUUAAGAAGUGCUUGGGGAUUACUAAACUGCUAUAAGAAGAGGUAAAAAAGGAGUACUCUAACUUGGUAGAAAGUAAAUCUGUGGUAGGAAAAUGUAUUUUUGUGGUCGCGUGCCAGUAGUAAUGUUAAUUAAUUACCAGUCCGGUAUUAGAGAUAGGACCGCAAAAGUACCAAAUCGUGCCUAAAACUAAUUUUGAGCAGGUUCUUAAAAUAGAGGCAAACCAAAAAUCGGGAAAAGUGAAAAAAAUGAGAGCUGUAUGGGAGCUGAUGAUUUAAAUGGAGCAAUUAAAGGAUUACUACGUUUACAAGAUACUUAUAAAUUAAAAACUAAUGAUUUAGCUAAUGGAAUUGUUGAGGAUAUUAAUAUAAACAAACAAAUGGAUGCAAAAGAUUGUUAUGAAAUAGGUCUGGCUGCAUAUAAUGAAGAGGUUAAAAGUUAUUGCAUUUGAAGAUCCUAAAAUUUUCGCAUGCGUCGCUAAAUGAGAGAUUUCUGAGAGCUGUAAUGCCUCCUUGGGUACUAGAACAGAAAAAAUUACAAAAUUUGGAAAUUAUAAAGUGAGAGGAUUUGUUGAGAGAAAAGCCACCUAAUUCCCAAUACC